UUGAAUUCUAUUGAUAGUUUAGCUAAAAAAAAUGUAACUGUUGUGUUACAAUGGAUCCCUGUUCAUAUUGGCCUAGUAGGUAAUGAAGUGGUGAAUAGAUUAGCGAAAGAAGCUUCCUCUGACGGUAUUUUACGGCGUUGUUUACCUUUUAUUGCAGACUUUCUAUACAAAGUAAAAGAAAGAUGUGUAAGUUUGUGGAAGGAAUACUUUAAUGAGAGAUCUCUAACAAAAGCAAUAUGGUAUAAAACUCUUCAACCAAAUCUCUCCCGUUCUUCAUGGGUGGAUAAGGCUAAUAUGGGCAGGACCGAUAUUAUCACAGCUCUAAGUCUACGAUCGGGACACAUACCAAUGAACAGCUUCGCAUUUUUGAUGGGAAAGGUCGAAUCCCCUAACUGUAAAGAAUGUGGCCAAAUAGAGAAUGUUGUGCACAUUUUUGUGGAGUGUGUUCGUAUCGAGGCCGAAAGAUGCAGUCCUACGACAGACAGUUUUUUUUUAAUUAAAGGUGGCGGAGGCGCUCAAUUGGGUGAAGACAGUUGUGACACUAGCGAAUUGAAAAUAUGCGUUGAAGCGAUUCCACGCACUCCUGUCGGACUGCCAAGAAAUAAAGCCGAACUUGACGCUCACUGCAGAGCUUAUCAAACGGGUAUGACGUGUAUGGACGCAUGGAUGAAACGCUGCCUGCCCACCGAUGGUCAAAAAUUCAUACAACAGCAGAUAGGCGGUGCGCGUGCUCUUAUGCGCUUUCUUUGCAGUAAUGAAACUGCUUUAAGGAAGGAGUUUCUGAAAGAGUCGACGUGUUGGGCCGUCGUGUCACCAGACUGGUCUCGGUGCGUAGACGAAUUGCAUGUUGCCGUUCGUGACGUUGCAGAACGAUCUCAGCAACUUGCUUACUUCAGCAGAAAUUCUGAACUUUGUUGUGCCCGCGACGAGUUUAUGACGUGUGUGACAUACGUCGGUCGUUCGUGCUCAAACAGUGGGGGGACGUUGCUACGGCGCAUGGCUUGGGUACUAGCGCAGGACGUGGCGGCGUGCAGCCAGCAGCCACGGGCGUAUUGUUCCGCACCUUCACUACCGUUCACAACACCGCUUCUCGCAACAAUAACUGGCGUAAUACUUUACCCAGCACGACUAUAA